AUAGUAGACUAUUCUUGCCAACAUGGAGGUCAUGAGACUUUGUUGGACUUCAGUUUUCCUACUUUUUCUUCUUUUACAAGAUGGUGAUGCAGAAGACAAACCUCGGAAAAUCUCCAUGAGAAUCGUGGAAGAACCAUCAAAUUACGGAUAUGGAGGUAAUCAGGCUAAUUCUGGAGUGAGAACGCUUACUCCACGGGUUAAAGCUUCAAAUGUGUCAGGCCCUGUUCCAUUACAGCAGCUAGCAGGCAGAUGUUAUUCCAAAGUGCUUGGCAAUUACAAGUAUAAGUUCUGCCCAUUCCACAAUGUCACACAGUAUGAACAGAGCCUAAGAUGGAACCCAUAUAGUGGUAUACUGGGUGUAUGGCAGGAGUGGGAGAUAGAGAACAACACAUUCAGUUCCAUGGUCAUGCCAGAAGGGGACGACUGUGGGAGCAAGAGGAGACAAGUCAAGGUUUAUUUUAGGUGUGGGAACAAGAACCAGGUGAUGAACGUGACGGAGCCCACCACCUGUAACUACAUGUUAGAGUUUAAAACACCUCUGGUCUGCCAUCCUCAUGUCAUGCUAGUGUAUCCAACCUUGAGUGAAGACCUCCAGUCCCAGUGGGACCAGGUAGAACAGGAACUGUACGAAGAACAAAUCACUCAGAAGGGCUACAAUAAAAGACUAAGAAGAAUAUUUGAGGCUGCAGGUUACCAGCUAUCCCAGGAGAAGCAGGAAGAACUGAAGGCCGCUGUGGUCAGUCAGGACAAAACCAAGGACGGAGACUUCAACUCCCUUCAACAGUGCAAUGCAGAAUACAAGAAGCUCCGGGAAGAAGUAGAAACCCUGAAAGAACAAAUCAAAACACAAGAGGACAGAUUCCAAGAAGCAGAUGAAGUGGUUCUGGAAGACCACGCUAUGGUCGACUACGACUUAAUGGACGACUACUUGUGAGCAAGAACCUGGAUUAAGAAAGAAUACACAUCUUGAAACACAUGUCCAUGUGUUUUGUAUCAUAGAGGCAAACCAAUGUUAGGAGUCACAUUAAAAUCAUCAUAAGACAAAGUUUGUUAAAGAUGCAGACAGUUAUCAACUGGAAUUACUUACAUGUAAUGAGAUGAAGUAUAGAUGUUAGUCACUGUGGCUCUUAAAGAUUCCAAUGUUGUUUUUCAUGGAGUUUUUUUAUUGUGGCUAUAAUGUUACCCUUUAAUCUGCUUUGUGCCUAUCCAUGAAAGAAAUGCAAUGGACAUUUAAGUUCCAUAUAAGCUUAUUGAUUUGUGCAAUGUUGAUGUAAUUUCUAGUUUUCUUUUUUGGAAGGAGGGAUACUAGAAGUACAAAGGCCAUGUAUUUAUAUAACCGGAACAACAUGUGAUAUUGCCUUAUGAAAUAAAAUUUUUCAUGAGCAUUUUGUUGAAAUGAUUAUGAGAAGAAACAUAGUGACAUGCUGAAUGUACAUGAAAUUGACUGUAUAUUCAAGAAUAUUAUACAAGGAUAUAUUUGUGGCUACUGACUUGCAGUCAGCUUUUUUUAGGUGUAAAUUUUAUUGAAUAUGAGAUCUAAUCAUAUUUAUCUUUAUGAUAUUGUUUGCAUGAUAGAAGAUUUAAAUACUGUAAGAAAGUUAACACAUACUAAUAGAGAGGCAUCAUUGAAAUAUUUAAAAGGAAACAUAAGGUGGGGAAAUGCAUUAAGGUAGAAUGGUUGGUUGAUUAAGGAAGAACUUUUCUGUUUUGUGAAAUAUCAUGACUGAUAUUGUACCUUAAAAUCUGUCUUAAUUAUCUAUAACAAGACAGCUGAGGAAAUGGUUUGAUACGAUAUAUUGAUAUUCAAGUUGAUUGAAGGUUCCUUAAAAAGAACUAAGUUGUAA